CAUUUGCACAAUCAUGGAAAAGGCAGCUGGAAAAAAAUUAACAAAGAAAGACAAUGAUAUUUUGGAUGAUUUGCUUGGUGGUCUGUCAUCUGAUGAUUCACCUAGAAGGAAAAAUACUUCACUGACACCAGCAAGACGAGCUGCCCCCGGAAGGCCAACAAAAUUAGGAGGAAAAGAUGACAAUUUCUACAGCACACUUUCUGCCAUGGCUGAUAGCAAUGAUCUAUCAGACGUUUCAGAAGCUGAUAUAGAUAAAGUUGCACGAUCUAUUGGGGGCCUAGAUGACAUGGAUGCUGACCUUUUUGGUGGUACCCUAAGCAAAAAAACAAGCAAUGGUCGACCUAGUGGUAAACCUACCACACCCCGGCAAGCAACUUUGAACUCUAAAGGGAAUAAAUCUCCAACAAGAGUACAGUCCCCAACUCGUGGUGAAAUGCCAACUAGCCCAACAGGCCGACCAAACCUGAUGAGAAAACCUGUGAAACCUCCAUCACCGUCCACAUCUCAAACAAAUGCAACCUCCCUGCCACAGACCCAGCCUGAGCAUAAACCUGGGACAGCACCAGGGAAAAUGAGUGAUUUAAGUUUGGCCAGCGAGAGUCUUGUACCUGGCCAGAAAGUUGUUCAGAGGCCUGAGACAGCUCCCAAAUUAAAAAAGAAAUAUGACUUUGGGGAUUUUGACCCUGAUGACCCCUUAGCUGGACUGUCAUCAGAUGAGUUUGAUGACCUGUUAGACAGUGACAGGCCCAAGUCAGCCACCAAGAAACCAGCAGCACCCAUACUCAAAACAGCAGACACCACAGCUAAACCUGCAGAGAAAGCUGCUCCAGCUGAAUCUCCCCGGAGGCGUAACCUAAUGGACAGACCUCCUACUAGAAGUGGUGCUUCAGGAGGGGACAUUGGGGCAGGUGGCGAUGUCACAAAUGAUGCUGACAAAACAGCACCAUCAAAAUCUCAGCCUGGUAUAUUCAGUGAUUCAGAUAAUGAUUUAUUGGAUGGACUAGAAGAUAAAGGUGCCAAACAGCCUGUCAAAGGAAACACAGGCAAUUCUGAAGAGUUGCGGCCUGCUAGAUCGGUGUUGGAUAGUUUGCUAGGGAAAAGUAACUCUGUUGCCUCGUCAUUGUUGGAGACUAAAGAGAAGAAACCAUUUGUUCUGGACAGUAAAUACAGUAGCUCUGCUACAGGAGCUCCUGCUAAUAAAGACGAGGAAGAUGAUUUUAAUUUUGGCAACUACCAGCCCUCUGCUGCAUCAGGGUCAAGGCCAAACUCUCGUAGAUCUGUCAGAUUCCAAGAUGAUGAUGAUAUUUUUGGCAUUGAUACUCGCCCCUCCCCCAGGGUUAAGUCGCCAGGUGCGAAAACAAAACCCCCAGCUGACAUGGAUUGGCUGGAGCUGGCCACCAACGCAGGUGUGUCCACAUCGACGUCCCCAACUGCCUCACUGGUCACCCCCGCGGCCCCCACACCUGCGCCGGCUGCUGCCACACCCAGCACGGCAGCUAAGCCACCGCCCGCAAACAAACUACCAGAAAGCCCUCGGAAGAGUCAACCCAAGGACGUCACACCUGCCAAACCGGCAGCCAGCACGACCCAAAGUGCUAAAGACUGGCUCGGGCUGGGUGAUUCGGAAUCAGAUGAAGAAUUGUUCAAGCCCAAAAAAUCAUCAGUCCACAGCGCCUCGUUACCUCACAGUCCUGCCCUGUCAGCACAAGCCUCGCCUCGUAUCUACCCGAAGAAGCCUAAAAAAGACUCCCCCUCGCCUAAGACCUCCACUGUGGUUAAGGAGGAUGAGGAUCAAGAUGAUUGGCUAGCCAGGGCUAGAAGCAGGAGGCAGCAGAUGUUGGCUAAAGAGCCGAGCAAAGACCCGGAUUCUUUAUUGGCUCCAGCCAAGAAUGAAAGCCUUGAACUUCAAGCUUCAAGAGUACCACAAUCUGGAUUAAAUGCUGAUGUUUCAAAUACAAUUGCUCCGGAGCCAUUGGAGACUUCAAGUGGUCAUCUCAUAUUUCCCCAAACCAAGUCUUCAGGUGGCCUCAGUUGGGAGUCACCAAGAACAGCUUUAAGUCUUACUGUUAGUGGGAGUCAGUCUGAUGGUAAAAAUGUUGUAACGCCAAACAUAUCAUCAGAUCCCAGAUUAAAGUUUUCUUCUGCCACGUUUAAACAGGAGCAGCUACCUAAUGAGGCAGUUGUAAGUUCGUCAUCACGACCAUUGCCAUCUGAGCAGCUGUCUCAGUUUCAACCACAGCUCUUUCAACAACAACAGCAACAACAACAGCAACUACAACAGCAGCAACAACAGCAGCAGCAACAACAGCAAUUUAUGCUGCAACAGCAACUCUUCCAACAACAGCAGCUCCAGAAACAGCAAGAACAGCAACAGCUACAGCAGUACAGCCAGCUGGCAGAGGAGAAGAAAAACCAGCUCCUACAGCAGCAGCAGGAGCUGCAGCGACAGCUCAACUCUGUACAGCUGCAGUAUGACUCUGUGUCCAAAGCUCAGCCCCCACCAAGUACUCUCAUACCAUCUUACGCACAAAUCACAGCCUCCAUAGAUAUGCCAGACUCUCUACCUUCUGCUCAGGCCAAGAUCAAGAAACUGGAACUAGAGAAGAGCUACACCGAGUCUUUACUUGACAGCCUGAGACGCUGGUACAAUGAUGAGAUGCUUGCUGUGGAGAAUUCCUACAAGAAUAGACUUCAGAUUAUAGAAGAAUCAAAUAGGAAAAAAGAAUCCAGAUUACGCGAAGAAAAUGAAGAACUGAUGCAGCAAAAUCUGGCCAGGGUCAGACAACUGGAGCAGGAGAAGAGUGACACCAUCACUGCGCAUUACCGCAAGCUGGAAGACAUGGAGAGGGAGAGAACUCAGGACUUGGAAAGGUUAAAAGAGCAACACAGGCUGUCAACUUUGGCUCUAAAGAGAGAGCAUGAAGAAGCUCUAGAAAGGUUGGCCAGGGCUAAAAAUGAAGAGAUCAACCUGGUGGCUAAUGCUAACGAUACAUCCAGGAGCCUGACCGCUGUGGUGGAGCAGAUCCAGAACAAUGCCAGAGACCUGGGGGAGCUGCAGUUGAAGCUGGACACCUGGAACAGGCAGGGGCUGGAUGAAAGGGAGAUCAAUCUCAGGUCCAAAGAUGAGCAGUUGAGAAUUCUCCAAGAGAGACUCACCAGACAGGAGAGUGACAAUGAAAGAGAGAGGAAGAAACUAGAGGAACUGAUAGCACGUAUGGAGUCACAGUUACGUGAACAGACACGGAUAAUGGAAGAGGAGCGCUGGAAACUGAAACAAGACCAAAGUAGAGUGGAGGCCCAGCAGAGGUCUUUAGAGGAUGAGAGGAGGCUGUGGCAGGAGCAGCAGGCCAGGGAGAGGGGUACAGUAGAGAGGGCACGGGAAAGUUUUCUGGAAGAGCAGCGCUACUCCCUUCAACAAAUUGGGGAGGAACGUCGCAUGCUGGCUGAGGAGAGGACCAGGUUCAACAUCGAACAGAAGACAAUUAGAGAGAAAAUAAAUCAGGACCAGAUCAAACGGAGCCAGGCCGAGGCAGAGUAUGAGAUCCUCUCCAGGACAACAGCGGAGGAGAAGCUGGCCCGCUCCAACAGGAUGAGUGAGCUGCAGAGGGAGGAGGAGAGAAUAGCCAGUGAGAGGAAUAAGCUGGAGAGGGAGAAGGCACAGCUGGAGCUGGAGCAGGAGAAGCUGGCCAAGCAGGCACGUCAGAUUCGGGAGCAGUCGGAGCAGAUUGAUCAUGUGACUGAGGCUGCACGUAGAGCCCAGCAAGAAGGGGAACAAGCCAUGGAAGAAGCCAUGGGCUACAACACACAGAUGGAGAGGAGAGAGAACGAGAUACAGAAACAGUUGGGGAACUUGAAGCUUAUGGAGGAACACAUCACCCAGGAGAAACUUCGUCUAGCCAGGGAAAAGAAGGAGAUUGAAAACCUGAAAACAUCAUCUCUCUGUGUCAACUGUCGCUCACCAUUGCAUGCAUCUGUACCAGUCAGUCACCACAAUGGUUUCUACACGCCCCAACCUGUUCCUGCCUCACCUGUCCAGCUCCUCCUGAGCUCAUCAGCUCACCAACUAGGAGCUAACCCCCAGCUGGUCCCUAACCCCCUGUCCCACAUUGCAGACUCCAUUGCAAACGACAGGGCUGUUAGGAUGCUGAAAAUUCAAGCUAUUAAGGAUAAAGAAUAUCUUGAGGAGGAAAAUUUUUACCUGGAAACUUUACGUCACAUGCCAUACCAUUCAACAACAUCAAAAUCAUGAAUUGUUGUAACAAGUAGGCCUAUCUAUGGUAGUUAACUCUAAUUAUAUCUUCCUAAAAUGUUACUUCACAUCAUCUGCAGAUUGUACUGAAGAAGUGACAAUGUUUAUCUUUUUGUGCAUAUAUUCCACAUUUAGCCAAAUUAAUCAUGUAAUGGUUUGUUUUUUAAAAGUAUUUUUAUCUAAAAAUGCCAAAAAACUUUUACAAUAGAAUGUGAAGGUAUCGAUUAACCUUUAUAUCUAUUUAUAGAUUCCAAAUAUUCUGUGAUAUAUUUUUUUAUUUUGUAGCUUUAAAUUAUUGUUUGUGACUACAUGUUGUACAAGCAAAUGUGUAUACAAUUUAGCUGUGACCUCACUGGUAUAUGUAGGGUCUGCAAACUUUGUUCUAUCUAUAGAGUCAAUUUUUUAUAAAUUAUUUUUGCCAAAUAUAUAUUUUGUAAACUGUACUUAAGUUUAUAUUUAAUU